GCGAAAAUGGCUGGAGCAGACACUGCAGAAGGCGAGAAAUCAACUGCAAGGAAAGAAUCACCCGCUCUACAUAUUACUACCCAGCCAGAUGCCCUAAGCGAACUGCAUGAGGAAGACAAGUAUCUUCACGGCCGCGCCCUGGUCUUGAUGACGCUUUCCCUGAUGGUGGGAGUGUUUACAGUCGCAUUAGAUAACAGCAUCAUAUUCACAGCUAUAUCAGUAAUCACGACAGACGUUGACAGCCUCAGCGAUGUGACGUGGAAUGGCUCCGUCUACCUGCUGGCUCAGAUGUCCUUCCAGCCGACAUUCGGCAAAGCCUACACCUUCUUCAACCUGAAGUGGGUGUGGCUUGGAUCUGGCUUGCUGUUCGAAGCUGGGUCUGUGAUCUGUGCAGCUGCACCCAAUUCUCCCGCCUUCAUCACCGGUCAAGCCGUUGCCGGGCUGGGAGCAGCCGAACUGUUCUGCGGAGCUUUGAUUAUUAUGGCGCAGAUGUCGAGAUGCAAAAGCGCCCGCUGUUGCUGGGCAUUGUGACGAGCAUGUAUGGUGUUGCAUCGGUGGUUGGCCCGUCUCUAGGUGGUGGUUUCACCCAUUCUGCCCGCCUCGCCUGGAGAUUUUGUUUUUGGAUCAAUCUG